GCAGCUUUCAGUUUGGUUUUUCAUUUUGUGCCACCGUGUAAGAAAAAAUAAUCAUAAAGAAAAAUAAAGUCGGCGGAUUGAUAUUUGCACUAAACCAAGAGUGAUUAGAUAACAAAGGAGAACGAUUUGGUUUUAAAAAGCUUGUAAAUAAAAAUUAUUAUAGAUAAGAAACGAAGACUGAUACACAAAGGAAAGGAAAUCUUAUAACGUUGACAUUGCAUUGUAAACAUGUCGUCGAAGCCCUCAACGCCAGUCACCCAACGACGAUUUCAAGAGAGCGAAUUUAGUCGAAUUCCUGUUUCACUCUCCCCGAUUCCUUUUCGACGCACACACUCAAUGCGACUGCGUACAAAUGGAAACGGUCUCCUAAAUGAAACGACAUUGAAACAACACAACAGAAAUUUUGUGCAAACAAGAAACAACUUCGAACGUAACCAUCAGCAGCUGAAAUUAAAUUUGUGGAACAAUCGUCGUGGCAGUCUCACAAUGGACGCAAAAUCUGAUUCGAACGGUAUUGAUUCUGGUGGAACAGAUGAAAUUGAUCACAGUCCAAACAACAAUCUAAAACAAGUAAAUGGAAAUUUACGUCAAAGCAGUUCUAACAAAAACGAUCGGGGAAUGACACUGAACCUCAAUAGUCCAUUAGGUUUCCAACAGAGGUCGCCGAGGACACCACAAACACCCAAAACACCGAAUGGAAUUCAUUACGUAAAGAAUACGCACAGUCCCAAGACUCCACCAGUCACACCGGAUCGAUAUGCUGAUGAUGACCUCGAUUCAUUGCACAGUUAUUCCUCAAUGGCUUCAUCAAACUGCGAACAUCCUUAUUUUGCUAGAAAUGGAACAACGUUCAGUGGUAGAAAGAUGAAAUAUGUUGUUCAUUGCUCGAAUUAUGCUGGUCAAGCUGGCGAUGAAUAUUUAACACCAACACAACGUGCCCAAAAGCAUCUCAGAAGACUUAAAGAAUUAUUGGCUGCAGCGCGUGUUGAUUUGGAACAAAAAGAUAGCGAAAUUCUGAGAUUAACGAAAGAAGUUGUUGAACUUCGUUUGUUCAAAGCUUCUUUGAGUUCACCCGAAGAGUGUUCAAAAUCGAGUGAUUGUAAUUCAGUUCCGACAGUUCGUGAAAAUACAACAAAUGAUUUGCACACGCCAGCAUCUGAAAUUGCAUCACCGAUGAUCGAAAUGGUAGAAGAUGGCUUUAAAUCAAGUCCGCGACACACCAUGAGUGCUAAUCGAACACCACUUCAUCAUGCCGUUCACGCUGUUCAAUUCAUUGAUAAAUUGGGGAACUCUGAAAUGCAAAGUUCGUUUGCUGAUUCAGGUCAUUUUGAAGAUAUUACAACAUCAUCAAUUCAUUCAAAAGAUUCUUUUGCCAACACACAAGAUCGAGCUUCGGGAAGCGAAGAUGUUGAUCAAGUCGACCCAGAACGUCAACGUUUGGUUCAAAUGUAUGAAGAGAAAAUUGAGGAAUUAAUUAAGCAACAUGACGGUGAGCUUAACGAAGAGAAACGCUGCAAUAACAAUCGUGUUGAAGCAUUACUUGAGCGCUUGGCCGUUGCUAAUUCAAGAUACUGCGAUCUAAUGCCUGACUACGAGCAAGCAAAGGAACGCAUUCGUGAACUCGAACGUGAGGUUGAAUCUCUACAAGAAAAGUUAGGGGAACAGGAAGACAAAACGAAUAAAAUGUAUUUGCAUAUGUAUGCAAAGGAACAAGAAGCUGUUGCCAGCACAAGCCGGGCAUCGAUGGAAAGUUUACCAGGUCCGUCAAGAAUCUCCGUACCAGAACUCAUGCAUCAACUUCAAGUAACACAAAACGAACUAGAAAACAUAAGGGUAAGGAAUCGAGAUGAACGUUAUACUCAAGCAACGGGCAAUCAAUCAAUGUUGAGUGCGAAAGAAGCUAUUUCGCUUUGGCUUCUUGGUGCGAGGAAGACUAUGUAUAAGCGAAUGGUUGAUGCUCAUGAAAUGAAACCAUCUCGAGUUGAUCCUGAAAUUACUUUGCAGUUUCUUAAGAGUGCAAUUUAUUACUUUUUAACUGAUAAGGAGAACUCUCAAGGACAUUUAAAAGCGAUUGAAAGCAUUUUAGGAUUCACUGAGAAAGAGAAGGAAAAUAUCGACAAAGCCAGAAAUUCGUAAAUUAUCUACUUAAAGAUAAGAGAUAUUAAUUAAUCUAUUAGAUGUAUCUGGACAACAAUUAUAAAGAAAAAAAAUUAUAAUUCUCCAACUUUAAUGGACUUCUAAGAAAUUGGAUUUUAGCCGCUGUUAAAACUUUUUGUUUUAUCAUCAAACAUUUUUAAUUAAAUAUAAUUUCGAGACGUAAGUUAUCGAAAGCUUUUUGGAAAUGCAGAGAAAAAAAGAUGGAAAUGAAAGAAAUAUUUACAUCGCCUUAGACACCAUCAUCGCUUUAAAUUAAGAGAAUUUAGGACUGAGAAUGUGGAAACACAAAGAUGAAUGUUUACUACUUAUGUUCGGAAGCGCUAUUGAUUACCUUUAAAACUUCUUAUUCAAAGAAAAAAUUCAUGAAAUUUCAUGAAGUGAACAUUUUAUUUUUAGAGCUUUUAGAGAGAAAAUUAACUGGUGAAACAGAUGAAAAUAUUUUAUGUCAAAUAUAGUGUGUUGAAAUGAUGUUUGAAAUCAUUAAUUCAAGUUAAAAACCUAAGUAUGUCUGCGAUUAAAUUGUUGAAGAAUAAAAAGCAGAAUAAUCUGCAAGUAUAAAUAAAUAUUUAAAAUAAAAA